UUAUUUCAAGUCGAACAAAUCUUGUAUUUACGUUUUGCAUCAGUCAGUGACAUUAAUUAUGACAGUUGUCUGAUAUUUUUCGUCUGCAUUACAUUAUCUUCGAAUAUUUAAUUGAUUUAAAGAAUUAAUCGUUUUUUUUUGAAUAAUUAAAAAAUAUUUUUCCUAUUUUUAAAACACCAUUUGAGAAUAUACAAAGACUGUUGGUGAAUAGUGAUGAUAGGGACUGACUACGGUGGGAAUUUAAUUAAGUUGUACAUGUGAAACACCGCAUUGUCAACAAGUUGUUGACGUCUGUUUGAAUGAUUUCAAGGGUUCGUGAAUUUACGGAAGUAUUUGUUUUGAUUAAAUACCACUCAGUAAUCAAGGGACACUGUUAAUGGUGAAUACGUAAUUGAAUAUUCAAGUUGCAGCAAGUCGUCAGUUUGCGGUAGAACAAGUGGAAUUGUAAUUUGGUCAAUCGAGAGGAAAGUUUUGGUGCAAUGGAGAGUGGUGAUAAGUUUGGAUUUGCCAUUGAUCGUGGAGGCACUUUUACGGAUGUUUUUGCCAGGUGUCCGGGGGGAAAGGUGAGGGUGAUGAAACUUUUGUCGGUGGAUCCUGAUAAUUACGAUGAUGCACCUCGUGAAGGUAUUCGACGGAUUUUGGAGCAAGAGACUGGGCGUCCAAUGGGUGACGUCGUCGACAGCUCCCAAAUCAGUUGGAUCCGAAUGGGUACAACAGUCGCGACUAAUGCUCUCCUGGAGCGAAAGGGCGCGAAAACGGCCCUCCUCAUCAACGAAGGGUUUAAGGAUCUUCUCUACAUCGGAAAUCAGGCUCGACCCAACAUCUUCGACUUGGAAAUAGUUACACCCAGUGUUUUGUACUCAAAAAUUAUUGAAGUAAAAUGCAGAGUGGUGCCUGCACUGCCGGAAAAAUGCUCUCUAGAUCACAGCUCAUGGAGAAAAGUUAAAGGCUCGACGGGUGAGGAUUUAUUUGUUAUCCAAGAACUUAAUGAGGAGGCUUUAAUGAGUGACCUCGAGAGCCUUAAGAAGGAUGGAAUUCAAAGUUUAGCUGUUGUUUUGGCUCACAGUUAUUCGUUUGGUGAGCAUGAACGUCGAGUUGGGGAAUUGGCGAAAAGUUUUGAUUUCCUUCAUGUUUCUCUGUCUCACGAAGUCAUGCCAAUGAUCAGAAUCGUUCCGAGGGGAUUUACGGCGUUAGCAGAUGCCUAUUUAACACCUCACAUACAGAAUUACCUGCAUAGCUUUGCGUCGGGCUUCGAGGAUAAUCUAAAAGGCGUAAAUGUGCUGUUCAUGCAGAGUGAUGGCGGUUUGACACCAAUGAAUUCUUUCAACGGUUCACGAGCAAUUCUCUCAGGACCCGCGGGUGGUGUUGUUGGAUAUGCAAUGACCACUUAUUGUAAGGAAACCACAUUACCUAUCAUUGGAUUCGACAUGGGUGGUACAUCUACUGAUGUCAGUCGUUACAGUGGAAGUUACGAGCACGUUUACGAGAGCACAACUGCCGGUGUUACGAUUCAAGUGCCGCAGCUCGAUGUGAAUACGGUUGCGGCUGGUGGUGGAUCUAUGUUGUUCUUUCGGUCAGGAAUAUUUCAAGUUGGACCGGAAAGUGCUGGAGCUCAUCCAGGACCUGCUUGCUAUAAAAAAGGUGGACCACUUGCUGUGACAGAUGCUAAUUUGGCGCUUGGUCGACUACUUCCUGAGUAUUUUCCAAAAAUUUUUGGACCCAUGGAGAACGAACCUCUUGAUAAAGCGGCAACUCUGAAAGCGUUUGAGGAGCUGAGUAAUUCGAUAAACAAUUAUCUCCAAUCAUCAUCAAAAUCCACCGAAAUACCUCAAAGGAUGUCCCUGGAGGAAGUGGCAAUGGGUUUCUUAAAAGUAGCAAAUGAAGCAAUGUGUCGUCCCAUACGUGCUCUCACCCAGGCAAAAGGAUACAACACCGCUGCACACGUUUUGGCUUGUUUCGGUGGAGCUGGAGGGCAACACGCUUGUGCCAUUGCUAGAUCUCUGGGUAUGGGUACGGUAUUUAUUCACAAGUAUGCGGGUAUCCUAUCCGCAUAUGGAAUGGCACUGGCUGAUGUUGUGGAAGAGGCACAAGAGCCCAGCGCCGAAGCCUAUCAAACAGAUGCUUUUGCAAAGCUCGAUGCACGACUGACAGCCCUGGAGAUGAGCGUUCGAUCAAAAUUGCAAUCUCACGGAUUUUCCGAUGAGCAAAUUCAAAUCCAAUAUUGUUUGCAUCUACGGUACGAGGGAACAGAUUGUGCUCUAAUGUGCGUUCCAGAUUCUGGAAAAAAUGUCAACGACAACGACAGCAUUCCCGAACAUGGUGACUUCUUGGGGAACUUCCUGGAGAGAUAUCAAACUGAAUUUGGAUUCACAAUGCCAAAUCGAAAGAUUCUGGUGAACGAUGUUAGGGUACGAGGAAUUGGGAAAUCAACGAUUCCGGAUGAACCGGAGUUGUCUCGAUCAUCAAAGUCGCCGGAAGUGCAAAAAGUAGCGAAAGUUUAUUUCGAGGGAGGGUAUCAGGACACUAAUGUGUAUCAGAUGGAUGGACUCUCACCUGGUCAUGUAAUUAAUGGUCCUGCUAUUAUCAUCGACGAGCUCAGCACUAUCCUGAUAGAGCCUAAUUGCACAGGAGUAAUAACAUCUCGUGGUGACAUUCGCAUCACCAUCGGCGAGGGUUUACGAUUUAAUGUCACGACUGAACUCGAUGCUAUUCAUUUGAGUAUAUUUUCGCACAGAUUUAUGAGUAUUGCGGAACAAAUGGGAAGAGUUCUUCAGCGUACAUCGAUCUCCACGAAUAUAAAAGAACGACUUGACUUUUCUUGUGCUGUUUUUGGACCAGAUGGUGGUCUUGUUUCAAAUGCACCUCACAUACCAGUUCAUUUGGGUGCAAUGCAGGAGACUGUUCAGUAUCAGAUGAAAGCAUUCAGUGGUAAGUUCACACGGGGCGAUGUAAUCCUGGCUAAUCACCCGUCUGCUGGUGGAUCACAUCUUCCGGAUUUGACAGUCAUCACACCGGUCUUUCAUGGGGAUCUGGAUGCGCCGGUGUUCUUUGUCGCUAGUAGAGGUCAUCAUGCGGAUAUUGGGGGCAUUACACCGGGGUCAAUGCCCCCUCAUUCAACGACGUUGCUGCAGGAAGGAGCAACUUUCAAGAGUUUUAUCCUAGUCCACAAAGGUGUAUUUCGCGAGAGAGAAGUAACCGAAGCACUGAUGUCGCCAAGUAAAUAUCCUGGAAGCUCUGGUACUCGUAAUCUACCGGACAAUCUCAGUGAUCUUAAAGCACAAAUAGCUGCUAAUCAUAAGGGCACGCAGCUGGUAAACGAGCUCAUCGACAUUUAUGGGUUGGACGUUGUCCAAGCAUAUAUGGGUCAUAUACAGAGUAAUGCAGAAAUGGCGGUGAGAGAAAUGCUUACAACUGUUGGAGAAAAGCUGCUCCGAAAAACAGGAAGUUGCCAGGUUACUGCCAGGGAUUAUCUGGACGAUGGAAGUGUUAUUCAACUUCGUUUGGAGGUUGAUGUCAAUAAGGGAGAGGCUGUCUGUGAUUUUACGGGAACUGGAUACGAAGUGUGGGGUAAUUGUAAUGCACCACGGGCUGUUACGUUAUCAGCAAUAAUUUAUUGUCUGAGGUGUAUCGUCGGCCGGGAUGUGCCACUGAAUCAGGGAUGUUUGAAGCCAGUCAAGAUAAUAAUACCGAAGGGUAGUUUACUAGACCCGUCCGAGGAGGCUGCUGUUGUUGGAGGGAAUGUUUUGACUUCACAAAGGGUUGUUGACGUGGUACUUGCGGCUUUUGGAGCUUGUGCAGCGUCUCAGGGAUGCAUGAACAAUGUGACUUUUGGAACGGAGUCCUGGGGAUAUUAUGAGACUGUUGCUGGAGGAAGUGGGGCUGGCCCAACAUGGGACGGUCGUGGUGGCAUUCACACCCACAUGACCAACACGAGAAUCACCGAUCCUGAGAUUCUGGAAUCCCGCUACCCAGUGAUACUGAGAAGAUUCUCCCUGCGCCCUAACAGCGGUGGUGAUGGUGCAUUCCGAGGUGGUGACGGAGUAAUUCGUGAAAUAGUAUUCAGAUCACUCAUGACUCUAUCAGUGUUAACAGAACGUAGGUCACAUUGUCCACCGGGAAUGGAGGGCGGUUGUCCAGGUGUUCGUGGUCGAAAUACACUGAUAAGAGCUGAUAACAGACGAAUAAAUCUCGGCCCUAAAACCGCAGUACCAGUUUAUCCCGGGGAUAGGUUCUUGUUGGAAACCCCGGGUGGAGGUGGAUACGGAAUACCUGGCAUGCGAUCCUCAGUAUUUCAACAAACAAACAAACUUUUUCUUGAACAUGGCAGCGUGUACGAGUAUCGUAAAGCUCAAGAAUCCGUAUAAUUCCUCUACAAUUUGUCUGCAGAGCGGAUGGAUUUUAAUGAAAAAAAUUAUUUUUUUAUGAAUGUUGUUAUUUGAAAUAAAAUUAUCUGUUGCAAUUCAA